UCUGUUUCUUUUCCUUCAACAAGCAGCAAGGCAGGACCAACUUUCCAAAAAGUUAUGACUUUUCCUAAGACUUUAUCCUGAUACACCUACUACACCUGGAAUCUACAUCUAUGUUCUGUUUUUUCUCCUUGUGUGCUGCACAAGUACCUUAGUGCAUAAUAGUGGAGCAUUCCUUUGUGCUGCUAUCUUUUAGAAACUUUUAUAGUGCAGUGUAAAGGCUUCCCAAUCGGCUGACCUCUUGGAAUAGAGUCUUUUUUUAAUUCCUAAGGUCACACAAGUAAGAUACACUACAGGUUUAUCUCUAAUUUUGGCUCAGAUUAUACCUAUACAGGUAGGAUGAACCCAAGUUCUUAUACGAAUAAUUUUCACAGAGAGAGGCCAGCUUAAAUAUGAAUGGCAAAUUUGGUGCUCAAUGGCAUGGCUGCUGAAUCAGAAACUUGCAUGGCUUUGGGUUUAUUAGAUGAAUCCAGUAGAGGGGCUUCAGGAACUCCACAGGUAUUGCUGCUUAUUGCAUCUGUUUUAGAGAGAUCCAUUCAAAAGAACGAAGAGCUGUCAAACACAGCUAGAAAAGAUGUUAUUACAAUCUUCCAUGGAUCAAGAUCACCCACCUUGAGCAUUAAGCAGUAUAUCGAACGCAUAUUCAAGUACUCAGGAUGCAGCAGUUCUUGCCUUGUUGUUGCUUACAUAUACAUCAACAAGUUCCUUCAACUAACGGAUGGCCAUCUUACUUCCCUAAACGCACACCGUCUUCUGAUUACAAGCAUCAUGGUAGCUGCAAAAUUUUUGGAUGAUGAGUGUUACGACAAUGCCUAUUAUGCCAGGAUUGGAGGUGUAAGCACCGGAGAAAUGAAUAGAAUGGAGAUGAGAUUCUUGUUCAAUUUGGAUUUCAGGCUCCAGGUUACAGUCGAAGCAUUCAUGAACUGCUGCUUGAAACUAGAAAAUGAAAGUGGCAGGUACGAGGAUGGACAGGCUGAUCCAAGCCUGUGGGUUCAAAGGCCGGCAAAACAAAGAUGAGGGGAAACAUGCGUCCAGAAUUGCAGGCAACAGGAACAAAACCAUGGUGGAAGCACCCUUACUUCUUCCAAGCAAGAAGAAUUUGGCAUGCAACCGAGUACAUUACUAUUUAAGGAAAGUAAAAGAACCCUAAAUAUGCAAAUAGCAAAAACUCACUAUCAUCUUGGCACAUGGUGUCAAGGCAAGAAAAUCCAAAGACAGUGAUCAUAUCAAAAAAAAAAUUAAAGCAAGAAAAUCCAACGACAGUGAUCUUAUCAAAAAAAUAUGUAGCAAAAUUUUUAUUAUUGCACAAGCCCUGCACAACAACUGGUUUCAUGUUA